UCAGAGAUCCCAGUCUGACUUCUCGACCGCUAAAUCUGUUCUUCCCGUCCAAAGACCUCAAACAAUGAAACUGUUUCUGCACUUUAUUCUGGUGACAGUCGCACCGGCCAUUGCCUACCGCAGUCCACUGAAUGACUUCCAGCGCUCUGAGGGCAGAGAGCUCGUCCCCACCUCCUGGAACUCAGCUCAGAUGUUGCUGUUAGCGGUCCUGAACCUGGAGGACUGCGCCACUCGCUGCUCACAGUCUCUGGACUGCAGAGCGUUCAACUACGAGACCCGUCCGACCGUCUCCUGUAAACAUCUGCCCUGGGUGGGGGAUGGGAGCAACGCUGAGGUGAAGAGGAACGUAAACUGUGACCUCUACGAGAAGAAAGUCUAUGUCAGAAAGUGCAUCGUGGGUAAAGGAGAAGACUACAGAGGGAAAGUCUUCACCACGAGAGGUGGGCUCAAAUGCCAACAGUGGUGGUCCAAGUUCCCUCACGAUCACAGGUGGACUCCCACAGCUACCAACGGUCUGGAGCUGGCCUAUUGCAGGAAUCCAGACGGGGAUCGGAUCGGCCCGUGGUGCUACACCACCGACCCUGAGCGCCGCUAUGAGAGCUGCAACAUCCCCCAGUGUAAAGAUGAGGUAUGUAUCACAUGUAACGGAGAGGACUACAGAGGACAGGUGGAUCACACUGUGAGCGGCAAAGAGUGCCAGAGAUGGGACCAGCAGUACCCGCACCAACACAUCUACCAGCCUGAAAAAUAUCCAGAUAAGAGUUUAGAUGACAACUACUGCCGUAACCCGGACGCCUCCCCCGUGCCGUGGUGCUACACCACCGACACCGAGACGGAGCGGGAGAACUGUGAGAUCAGCAAGUGCACUGAGGUGCGGGUAGAUAAGCGCCCACGCUCCAGCUCCACAACAAACUGUUUCCGUGGACGUGGGGAAGAUUACCGUGGCAGAGUGAACGAGACGACCUCAGGGAUCCCCUGCCAGCGGUGGGAUGCCCAGCAACCUCAUGAGCAUCCCUUCUACCCCAACACCUACGAAUGCAAGGGUUUGGAGGAGAACUACUGUCGUAACCCAGAUGGGUCGGAGGCUCCCUGGUGCUUCACAUCUGUGCCUGAGAUGAGGACUGCUCUCUGCCUACAGAUCAAACGCUGCGCAGACGACAUAGAGGCUGAAGAUUGCUACCAUGGAAAUGGAAAAAACUACAGAGGCAUGGUCCGCAAAACUCGUAAGGGGAUCACCUGCCAGAAAUGGAACAUCAACACACCUCAUCGGACAAAGAUUAACCAAAGCACGCAUCCCGAGGCCAACCUGACGGAGAACUACUGUCGUAACCCCGAUGGGGACCAGCACGGACCGUGGUGCUAUACCACCGACCCCAAAACUGAGUUUGACUACUGUGCCAUCAAACAUUGUGCUGGGGAGAAAGUGUCCAUGACUGAACCAGUAGAGAAAGUGGAGUUCAGUGAGUGUGGAAAGAGAGAUGACCGCGCGAAGAUGUCGAGGCUGCGCAUUGUGAAUGGGAUUCCUGGGAACUCUCCAUGGACAGUGAGCCUGAGGGACAGGAAAGGAAACCAUUUCUGUGGAGGAUCCCUGGUUAACCCCAGAUGGGUGAUCAGCACCAAGCAGUGUUUCUCCUCCUGCUACGUGGACCUGCCCGGGUACUCUGCUAGGAUGGGAACUCUGUAUCGUGAUCCACAAGCAGAAGAGCCCGGCAUGCAAACCAUCCCGCUGACAAAGAUCGUCUGCGGACCCUCUGAGUCUCAGCUGGUCAUGCUACAACUGGAAUAUCCGGCCCAGAUUAAUGAGCGUAUCUCUCAGAUCUGCCUCCCUCCUGAGCGCUACAUUGUAGCUGAGGGGACGCCAUGUGAGAUCGCAGGAUGGGGUGAGACGAGAGGGACUGGAGAUGAGACUGUCCUCAACGUGGCCAACAUACCAGUUCUGAGUAACAAGGAAUGCAACAAAUACUUCAGAGGUCGCGUUCGUGAGAACGAGAUGUGCUCAAGCUCUUUCCAGGGCGGGGUGGGCGCCUGCGAGCGAGACUACGGCGGACCUCUGGCGUGUCAGAACAGUGACUGCUGGGUACUGGAGGGUGUGAUCAUCCCCAUGAGGCGCUGCGGACACCCAGGGCAGCCCAACAUCUUCAUCCGAGUGUCUGUCUACGUGGACUGGAUCAAGAAGGUCAUGGAGAUGGCUUAGAGACAGAGACUGCCGUUUAACAGGAACUAAUCAAAUCAACUGGCAAAUACCAAACAGACCAGUUAGUCACUUUACCACGUCAAAACAAUCCUUUCAGCUGUCUCUUUUAUAUAAAGAAAUGUUAAUUAUACAAUAAGACUCAUAGUCAGAUUUUAUUUUACGAUUAAUACAAUUACUACAUGAUAGAGACUAUGUGAAAUUAUAUUUAGUCUAUACCUCUGCCAGAUUAACCUACCAAAAUCAUUUAUGUUUCCAAAACAUAAUUACAUAUGCUGAGAUACAAAAAAAUGCAGAGAAUCAUAACAUUUACAUUUAUUACAAAUCUUCACAUUACAUGAGGUCCUUCUGUUUGUAUAUUGCAUUUAACUAUAUUUCAGUUGUAAGCAGCAUUUGGCAACAAUGAUAACCUCUCCUAUAAUUGUAUAUUAUUACAAUGUUGUUUUAAAAACCUUUUCAUUCAUUAUGUGUCCCUACAGCAGGCCCCACUUAAGAGUGCCCACAAGAAGAGUUAUAGUUUGUUCACAAACACAUAAUUAAACACUGCUUACAGCUACUUUAUAGUGCACUGAAAUUAAUGUCAAUUUUACUAAUUGUAGCCCCUCCGGUUCAGAGCAGAAUAACUGAGAGUAAGUAACUCCUAACUAACAUCCCCUGGAAAUGCACCCUUCACCACAAAACUGUCUGCCUCCCCUCCUCUCAGUGGCAGUGAAUGGAGCUCCGAAAUACCUCCUUUGCCCCCAGCCUCUAAAGAAAUCCCUACUCUGCCUGUCUUUUGAUGCCUGCCCCCACCUCUAAAGACAUGCCUUUGUGCCUUAUGCAGAACUGUAUGCGCUGCACAUUCUUUCUAGUUCUAUAGGAGGAUUUUUGUAACCCGGUCCUGAUGAGCCCACGGAAUUCAGCUUAAAUAAACCUCAAGAUCAGAGUCCGACCGAAUCUCAGACACACCAGCCUACAGAGGGCCACUGAACUCACACAACUCCUCACUCAUACAAACCCUCCCCCCUCGAUCUGUCUUGUACAUUUUCACACCAACAUUGUUUAAUCCAAAGAUACUGACAUUUUAUCUUUUGCAGAACUAAUAGCAGUAUAGAGUAGAAGAUGUUCCCUUUCACUAAAAACGGACAAUUAUCAUCCUGCUGGACACAGCAUCUGGAAAUGGCGGGUUGACAGUUAUGAUUUCAGCGUCAUUCUGGUGCUUUCAUUUAGUAAUAAUUAUAGUGGAUGACUAAUCAAAUUCAUAUAUGACUACCAGUUCUCACCAACUGUUAAAGCUUAAUGCUUCUGGGAAACCUGAAUACAU